CAACUUGUGCACUAUUUUCUUUCUGUCAGACUGGUGACAGUUCACAGUUGUUUUAAUUAUUAUCAAAACAUACGGAAAUUCUUUCAUCAAACAAAAGAAAUUUCGUUUACGGAAACCGUGAAAUGGCAGCAUCCACAUCUUCAGCUGCCUCCUCUUCAUCUUCCUCACAACCAACUGUCCAAGAAUACAGCAUAAGGGUACCGAAAUGUUCACAAAAACGUUACCACGUUAUGAGAUUCAAUGCAACUUUAGACGUGGACAUAUCGAAAUGGACCCAAGUAAAGAUGGAACGUGAGAAUAACAUGAAGGAAUAUAAAGGACUUGAGGAGGAACAGCCAAAAUUUGGUGCAGGUUCCGAAUUCGGAAGGGAAGCCCGUGAGGAAGCAAGGCGGAAGAAGUUGGGAAUUAUGCAAAGGAAAUAUAAGCCGGACGAUCAGCCCUGGAUAUUGAAGUCCUGUAGCAGUACUGUAAAAAAAUUUAAAGGUAUACGUGAAGGAGGAGUUUCUGAAAAUGCAGCCUAUUACGUUUUUACUCACGCUGCUGAUGGUGCCAUCGAAGCAUUUCCUUUACAAGAAUGGUACAAAUUUCAACCCAUUCAACGAUAUAAAGCAUUAUCGGCGGAAGAAGCGGAGCAAGAAUUUAGUAAACGAAACAAGCACUUGAAUUUCUUUACUCUCAUGUUGCGAAAACGUCUUAAGGGCGACGAAGAAGCCGAAUUAGAUGAAGGAGAGGAGACAAAGAAGAAUUCUGGCAAGAAAACUAAGGAAUUAAAAAUAUCAGAUAUGGACGAGUGGAUGGACAGCUCUGAGGACGAAUCGUCUGAAGGGGAAGGUGAAAAAGACGAGGAGGAAAAAGAAGAAAAGAAGAAAAAGGCUAAAAAAGCUGCCGAUGACAAAAAGAAGAAGAAAAGGGAUACCGAUUUGGAAGCAGUUGAGGAGUCGGAUGAUGGCGAUGGUGAAGGCAGGGAACUGGAUUACAUUAGCGACAGUAGUGAGAGUGAGCCAGAAACCACCAAUAUUGCAGGUGUUGCUGAGGAAAAAGCUCUUAGAAAAUUGUUAACAUCUGAUGAGGAGGAUUCAGAAAAUGAUGAGUUCAAGUCAGACAAAGAGCAAAGUAAUGAAGAAGAGGAAAAUGAGAAGAAGGAGGAGAAACCUGACGAUAAUAAAGAGAAGGAUAAGAAAAAGAAAAAACCUAAGGGCAAGGAUAAUAAGAAGGAGGUGAAGAAAGAGAAACCUGAUAUAAGCAGUGACUUUAGUUCAGAUAGUAGCACAGAUGAAGAUGUUAAGAAACAAAAAGUGGACAAGAAAUCUAAGAAAGAUAAAGAAGAAAAAGAACCAAACAGCUCAAACAGUUCCAGAUCGGGCACUCCAACUGACAGCAAACGUAAAAUAAUUAAUGACGCAUUAGUUGGACCUUCCAGUAAGAAAGCUAAGCUAGAACCAUCUUUGAGUUCCAUUGCCGGAUUAGCUGAGUCCGGCAUUACAGAGGAUGCAGUGAGGAAGUAUUUAAUGCGCAAACCUAUGACAACAACUGAACUAUUGCAAAAGUUUAAAUCAAAGAAGACUGGUCUUUCAAGCGAUCAACUGGUUAAUAUUAUGACCCAAAUACUCAAGAAAAUUAACCCCAUUAAGCAGACUCUGAAGGGAAAAAUGUAUUUAUCAUUGAAGUCUUAGAGUAGUUUUUAAAUUACAUGUUUUGUUAUUACUUAAUCUUUAACAAUAAAAAUGAUUUUUAUAGUCGAAUGG